UUCUUCAACGUAACGGUAAUUUUCCUUUUUGUCCAUUUCGAUCUCUUCUCCUUUUGGCUUUUGUUCCGUCCCAAUCUAUCAAUGGCAGAAGAUGAAGGUAGCCGCCGUGCACUUCCCUCUAAGAGGCCUAGAGAUCAGCGGCGGCCACCGGUGACGACGUAUAGAGGCGUGCGUAUGCGGAGCUGGGGGAAAUGGGUGUCGGAGAUACGCGAGCCGCGCAAGAAGUCUCGCAUAUGGCUCGGCACUUACUCCACCCCAGAAAUGGCGGCGCGUGCUCACGACGUCGCCGCCCUCAGCAUCAAGGGCGCCUCCGCCACACUCAACUUCCCGCACCUCACCGACUGCCUCCCUCGCCCCGCUUCGCUCCACCCCAGAGACGUCCAAGCCGCCGCUGCUAAAGCCGCCGCCAUGGAGGACCUCAACUCCGAUAAUGUCGUCUGUACGUCGGAGGAGGAGGAGGAGGAGCUGGCGGCGAUAAUUGAGCUUCCUACACUCGACGGAAGCUUCGAGUCAAGGCCCGAGUUGAAGCUGGUCGACUCGGCCGAGUCGUGGGUGUUGCAUGAUGAAUUUUGUGGGUAUUUUGUUGAUCAAGUAGCAGAUGGGGAAAGUGUGAUUCUGAAAUGGGAUUCUUGCUAAAAAAAAAAAAAAGGAUUGUUAGUUUUUUUUUUUUUUUUGGAAUUAAUAUUUUGAUUUAAUAAUCCAUUUUAUUUUAAUUAGUAGCAUUAAAGUUGUGCAUAAAUAUAAUAUGAACUUAAUUGCAUAAUCAUCAUUUCAU